AUGGCUUGGCACACGGGGACAACCUCAAUCAACCGUAGUGUGGCUCUUCCCGCUGCCAAUCAAGCCCUUCGGGCGCAGCUCAUUAAACAAAUGAGCAGACGUGAACUCAGGCAAAACAUGAAUCUAGACAUGAGCGAGUCCAUGGCGGAUACACAGUCAGCCACCCCUCAACCGGCUUCCAACGAUGGCGCAGUCCUCACCACAGCCGCCCCAUCUACUAGUCUGGCGGACGAGAAAACGGACAGUCGUUGCGGCGUAAACAAGAUUAUCAGGCUUGGACGACAGCUACGGUCAAUGAAGGUACGAACGACGACCAUCCAUGUCUCAACGCCGGCCCCCGAUGUAGAUUGAGUACAUUCCGUCACCCUGCUUCCCUUCCUCCCGCCCGCCACAAUUCAUGUGUGCAUGCGGCUGGUGACCACUAAAGCUGAUCCACCACCCCCUCAUUCGGUGAAAAGACGCUCUAGGACUCCCUACCCGCCCCUUCCUCCCUGCCGCCCUGACUUCAUAUGUAAGAAAACCCGUUUUGAGAUGACUGUCACCCACCUAUAAAUACUGUGAGGCGCGAUACCACAUUCACACCCGACAAUGGAAGCUUGUUUGCUUUUGAAACGCCAGGACUGUAAAACUAUGGUGCCCGAGAUCGCCUUUUCUUCUCAUUUAUGUCCGGGGACGCGCAUCUUCGUGUCUAUUAGCAAUAUUUUCGAGGGCGCGAAGCGCUUGAGUCUGCACGACCUUGGGAAAUAUUCACCCUUCGUGUGUCUUCUGCGUACGCGGAAAUACAAUUCCUCCACAGACGCCUUGACAAUCAUGUGCUUCCGAAGGGCCUGUCGUACAGGCCACCCGUGAACAGAACUCUGGCGAAACGGUCGGUAGCUGAACAUGACAGACGAAUGAUUCGGGCGCUUCUUCAAGUUUGCCAUCUUCGACUGCGUAAAAAGAACAGGGUUUUGAGCCUAUCGGUUACAAAGUGCGUCGAACUCAUCGGUGAUGACGGAGUCACGCAGUUGCAACAAGUGAUUAGUAAACGGGCCUGCAACCUGCGAGCAACAAGAUAUGCCGAGCUGGCGGUCAAGCUCCACGGCAUAAGCAAAUCAUCUCAAGAGGAGAACGAAGUCCUAGUGCACAAUAUGUCCUCUAAGCCCCUGACUCCUACACAAAUGAACGUCCUGAGUCAGGAGGCUUGCCUCAACACCACAGACGCCGAUCCAGUCAAUCUCGUGGCCACGGUUGAGUCGAUUCUCAAACAAACUGGGCAAUCCGACGAAACAAGCAUCUCAUUGGAAAGCAGGUUGCCUCCUUGGCGAUGUCGCACAGACCGCGUGCAACUAUUACCAAGGCCGAGCAAAGCGAUUUCAAUACACUGAGGGCUGACACCAGCAUCGUGAUUCUACCAGCAGACAAAGGCCGUUCCACGUUUGUGAUGGAUAAGUUAGGCUACAUUCAGAAGGUCAAUGCCCAACUGGAGGACCGACAGGCGUACCUACCAUGUAACGAUGAACCGAUGAGGAGGCUGGUGACGCAACUGGACUGGACCCUCGCCGACAUGCAAACGAGCAAGGCAACAAGUAAGUCAGUACGACUGGCCAUUAAGCCAGUAGAAGUGCCCGCACCAAGGUUCUACGGACAAACAAAGGUACACAAAGCCGGGGUCCCCCUUCGGCUAAUCGUAUAAUUGCACGGCGCAGCUAACUUCAAUUUGGCUAAGUGGUUGUUCUAAAACCUGAGGUCUCUCACCUCGGACGCGGGCACGACGGUGUGUUCAGCGACUCAAUUCCUGGAGUGGAUCAAAGGGAUGAGACUUACCGAAGACGAGGUCUAGUGUCAUUCGACGCCACCUCUCUUUUCACCUCGAUUCCGCAAGACCUGGCAGUCGAAACGGUCAGCGAGCUGCUCGAGAGUCAGUACGACGAGACGGACGUGACGGUCAAACGGAGACAUCUCGUCCAAUUGCUGAGAUUCUGCCUGAAGACCUACUUUACCUUCAAAGACACGACCUACGAGCAGGUCAAGGGGACGCCAAUGGGAUCGCCGCUCUCGGGUUUCAUCGCAGAGGCAGUUCUCCAAAAAGUAGAGACCGUCGUUUUCUCAACCAAUAAGCCGAAAUUUUGGACUCGAUAUGUCGAUGAUACCUUCGUUAUCAUUAAGCGGCAAAUGGUCAAGGAAUUCCAUGAUGUUCUGAACUCUGUUUUCCCUGACAUCCAGUUCACAAUAGAGACUGAAGCCAACAAUCAACUGCCGUUCCUGGAGGUUCUCGUCCAUCGAAAACCCAAUGGGCACCUUAAAACGACGGUAUAA